UUGCACAGAGUCCACAAUGGCAUCUGCUGAUCUGAGGGAUGAGCUGAACUGCUCCGUCUGCCUAAACAUCUACACAGAUCCCGUCACCUUGAGCUGUGGACACAACUUCUGCCAGGGGUGCAUCAAUUGUGUGCUGGAUUCACAGGAGGAGGCUCAAGUUUUUUCCUGUCCUGAAUGCCGAGCAGAGUUUGAGGAGCGGCCCACACUGCACAGGAACAUAACACUACGUAACAUAGCCGAACAUUUCAGGUCUACUCAGCCAGAACCGAAGCCUGGAGUCUGCUGCACUUACUGUCUUCAUUCCCAGGUACCUGCUCUUAAAUCUUGCCUACACUGUGAAGCUUCUCUGUGUGAUGACCAUCUAAAAGCCCACCACAAGUCUCCAGAACAUGUCCUAUCUGAUCUUAUUACUAACCCUGAGGCCAGAAAAUGUUCCAUCCAUAAGAAGAUCUUGGAAUAUUACUGCUCUGAGGAUGCGGCCUGUAUAUGCGUAUACUGUUCAGCUAGACUACAUCGAGGACACAAGCUGGAGAUGCUAGAUGAAGCGUCCAUGAAAAAAAAAGAAAGACUGAGACAAGUCCUGGAGACACUGGCAUCUAAGAAGGAGAAAACUGAGAAAAGACUCCAGAGUCUGCAAGAACGUAGCAGAGACGAGAAGAAAAAGGCUUCAAGUCUCUACGAGAAAGCCACAGUCCUGUUCAGAGACCUCAGGAGAAAUGUGGAUGAUGUGGAGAAGAAGGUCCUAAGUGAGAUCUCUAGGCAGGAGGAGCAGGUGUUAGUUUCAUUCUCUAAUUUGAUCCAUCAGCUGGAAAAGGGGAAGGAUGAGCUGUUCAAGAAGUUGGGUCACGUAGAGGAGUUAUACCACAUAACCGAUCCAUUAACUGUCCUGCAAGAGCAGGAAUCAGAGUCAAAUUACUUCUGUGAUGGAGAGGAGGAUGGAGGGGAAGAUGAAGAGAAGUCGCAGAUUGUAUGUGAUCUUGAUGUGGUCCAGAUCACUGAGGCAUUAGACAAAUUAUCUGAUGUUGUAAGACAUGUCAAAAGAGGACUGAGUUUCCAAAAAUCGAUGGACAUAGUACUGGAUACAGAUACAGCUGCCAAUAAUAUACAUAUAUCGGAUGAUCUGAAAACAGUCUCCUUCUUAGAGGCCAACCAAACUUGCCCCAAAACACCUAACAGGUUUCUACAAUAUCAAGUCCUAAGCACAAGAAGCUUCUCUGCUGGCCAGCAUUUCUUUGACGUGGAUACAAGUGAUUCCAAUAGCUGGAGAGUUGGGAUGUGUUAUCCCAGUAUGAGUAGAGAAGGUAACCGGUACAUCAGUGGUGAGAACGAUAAAUCCUGGUGUCUGCAGAGGUAUAAUGAGAAGUAUAACCUAGUACAUAACAGAUGUGACACCCAGUUACAACCACACUGCCAUAGGUUCAGGGUAUGUCUGGACUAUGAGGCUGGGCAGUUGUCUUUCUAUGAGUUGUGUGACCCCAUUAGAUGCCUCCACACCUUUACUGCCACCUUCACAGAGCCCCUCCAUGCCAUCAUCAGUAUUUUUCAAGGUUCUGUGACCAUUACAAACUAAGAAUUGGAUCAUUAAGAUAUCUGAGUACCUGCAUUGUUGGUCUCGUCAUUGGGAAUUGAAUAUGGUCUAGAGCCAAGAUCUUCCUUCUUCUCCAGUUGAGUAGAUUCAUUCAUCAUAUAUUGGCUGUGGAGGUACCUGCUUGGGACCACUCUAUAAAAUGCCAGUUACAAGUCUGAUUGAUGGAGGUCCAGCUGCUAUAGCCUUCACCGAUAUCAGAAAUGGGCCAUCACAUGGAUGCUGACCUUCAUUAAAUGAGUGGUCCUGCAUACAUGGUCAAUGUCUGUUGAUGGGAGGUUGAAAGGUUUGUUUAUGAUUGGAAAAUAGGGUUUGCUACUUUCCAAAAACAGUGCCAAGUUAGUCCAAUGGGUGCCUGGUGUGGUGGCACAGCCCCAUUCAUAUAACUGAGGA